AGUAAGAGAGAGCUAAGCGAGAGGGCUACGGGAGCCGUGAGCUAGCGAGGCCACCGCGGCGCGGCCCGGGAGCCCAGAAGCCCAGGGUGUGCGUGGUGUGUGGGUGUGGGUUGGGGUGAUUGGUGGGGGGGCGGUGCGGAAGAAGUGUAGCGAGGGGCGUGGCGGCUUAGCCAAGGGGACUGACAAGCUACUCGGAGGAGCUCGGGCUUACGCGGCCGGGGAAGCCGGAGCCCGGGGGAAGGAGGGUGGUUUACUUCUCGCCCUGUCGGGGUUCCUCACGUGCUCGCGUUGCGCGCGGGAGGAGGGGGCGAGGGCGCUCGAGGCCUGCGGGGGUGGGGCGCGGCGGACGGCGAGUCCGCGGACCGCCGCUAUGGGUUGCUUGUUCUCCAAGAAGCGGAAGACUGAGAAGGAGCGGCAGACCCCGCCGGCGUCUGGGGAAGCCGGGGAGCAGCAGCCGCCGAAGCUGUACAGCUGGGACAAGCGGGAAAAGAUUGAUCCAAAAGACUAUAUGUUUAAUGGCUUGAAGAAUGAAACAGUAGGUCGCUUACCUGGUAAAGUUGCAGGACAGCAGUUCGUCAUUCAAGACUGUGAGAACUGCAACAUCUACAUCUUUGAUCACUCUGCUACAAUCACUAUUGAUGACUGUACAAGCUGCAGAAUCUUUCUGGGACCUGUAAAAGGAAGUGUAUUUUUCCGGAAUUGCCGAGAUUGCAAAUGCAUAGUAGCCUGCCAGCAGUUUCGUACUCGGGAUUGUAGAAAGCUAGAAGUCUUCUUGUCUUGUGCCACACAACCCAUUAUUGAAUCCUCAGCAAAUAUCAAGUUUGGAUGUUUUCAGUUUUAUUAUCCUGAGCUAGCUUUUCAGUUCAAAGAUGCAGGACUAAGCAUCUUCAAUAACACAUGGAGUAAUGUCCACGACUUUACACCUGUGUCAGGAGAAAACAAUUGGAGCCUCCUGCCAGAGGAUGCAGUGGUUCAGGACUGUGUUCCUCUACCUACUCUUGAAGAGCUCAAAGCUGUACGAAUAUCUACAGAUGCCAGUAAGAGCAUUGUUCCAAUAACUCGGGGUCAGAGGCAGAAGAUUAGUGAAGAAUCCUGUUUGGCUGUUUUAUUUGCUGGUGAUUAUACUACUGCAAAUGCCCGGAAACUAAUUGACGAGAUGCUUAGCAGAAGUUUUUUGCUGGUUCAGACAAAGGAAGUAUCAAUGAAACCUGAGGAUGCCCAGAGAAUUUUCCGAGGAAAAGCGCCUGAUUUCAUUCCUUUACUAGACAAAGGUCCUGUUAUUGCUUUGGAGUUUAAUGGAGAUGGUGCAGUAGAAGGAUGCCAACUCAUCAUAAAUGAUGUAUUCAAUGGGACCAAGAUGUUUGUAUCAGAAAAUAAGGUAACAGCUUCUGGAGAUGUCGACAGCUUCUACAACUUUGCUGAUCUGCAGAUGGGGAUGUGAAGUACAUCAUGGAACCAUUACUCUGAUAUGAAGCCCAAAUUUUCCACUUGUUUAUGUAGAUUUUGAUAGUAUAAUUUUCUGCACUAGGAUUAUUUUUUUAACUAAUUAAUGCUAAAUGUUAAAAGAUUAUUUUUUUGAAAGAAUCUGUUUAGUAUGACAUUUAUUUGAUGUGUAACAGAUAGUUCAUCUUAAAAUUUACAUUUAUGGAUUUUAAGCACUUAAAUCCUUCUCCAGAUUACUAUCUCUUCUUCCCUAGGACUUGAAAGUUCAUAUUUCUGAAACUGUAAUUUAAAUGAACUGCCGAUGAAACAUCUAUUAGACAGUUUUAAAAAGUUAAUAAAAUGUAGCACAGGGUGCAUAGGAUUUAGAACUUGGAAGGGACCUUAGAGAUGUUUCCUGCAAUCCAUUUUAUAGAUGAGAAAGCUAAGAGCCCUUGUUAAGUGAAUUGUUAAAGGUCAAUAUCUGAUGCUAAGCGGGCAAAACUGGAAUUUGAAACCAGUUUUUCCCUCUCCAAAUCAAUCACUUUUUCCACCACAGCACACUAGAUAAAACUUAACCAAAACAUUUUAAUAUUAACAUCUACAAAAAGCAUCUUACUUAUUUUUACACAGUGCUAUCAAAAAAAAAAAAAGCCUAAUAAUUCCUUAAAUUUCUUAACUAAACAACUUAAAUUCUUGAUAAUUUUGGCUACCACAUUGUGUUCCAAGAAAGAACUUUUUGCACAGCCCAUUAUUUGUUUUGGUACCUCUUCUUUUUAGGGGGAUUUGUUUCUGUGACUGUGUAUCUGUUUAAACCGAUCAAAAAAUUUGUUAUCACUGACAAGGAUUAUAAAAUGAAAUGAUGGUUUUGUAAUUACAGAAUAAAACACAAGUAGGUUGGAGAUAGAUCUAUUGCUAUAUAAAGUUGUCAGACGGGACAUUUGAUAAGUUGUUUUGCUAAAUAAUUACACCAAUCUGUACAUAGCACAACUUUUCUAAAUAAAUAUACACAAUAGUGGUCAAUUUUGGAACUAAAAUUUUUACAACUCUUUUGGGGGGAGCAAGAUACCAAUAGAACUAUAACUGUGAUACAAAAAGUAAAGAUGCUGCCCAGAAAUAAGACUUUUCUUCUGAUAACAACGUAGCUUCAAUAUAUUGAUUACCAAAAAGCCAAAUAAAUUUGGUUUUCAAAAAAAAUAUUCUACAUGUGAAAAAUGAUAUUAAAAUAACUUUUCAGACUAUCUAGAUUGUGUAAUUGUUUAGGAGUGGAGAGGAUAGAGAGAGGAGUGUGUUGUAAUCUAAAAUCAUUCAGAGUUCAAAAAUGUCUUAGCAGGUUUAGGAAAUUUUGAAUUUGUUUUUUUCCAUUGUGCAAAAGAUAUACGAGAAGGUGCUCCAUUUUCAUAAAUUUGAAAAGGGGGUAUAUUAGAAGCCUUAAUAAUGCCAUUGUGAUAGGCCUAAACACAGAAAAUAACUUUCUUCUUUUUUUUUAAAAUAGCUAUUUUCAAAAAUUCUUUUCAAAGUGGUUAUAAAAUAUGUAAAUUUAAAUCAUGACAUGUAUACUUUAUUACUUUUAAUAAUGAUUUGAAAUGCCAUUCUCAACUACUUCCAUAAAUUAAAUGCUUAUAGUCAGAGGUAAUGCAGUAUAAUGACCAUACAGUUAAGAACUUAGAGAAUCUUUGCUUAUAUACUGAAUAUGUGCUGAUUUUUUGCAUUUCAUUUCUUCAGUUUUGAUGACACCAGAAAAUUCUUUAAGAUAAAGAAAAUGGUAUCUUAAAGUAGAAUUAAAAAUCAGUAGCUGUUUAUUGUUUUGGCUAUAACUAAAGGAACACCCAUCAAUCCAAUUGGCAGUAAGAGGAUUUUUAUUUCCUUAGGCUAAUUGAUUUUUUUAAAAAUAGAUUUGGAAAUAAAGAAUUAUUUGAAAUUCUAAUCAUAAUUAAAUUAUAAUAAAUCCACUGUUAUACAUAUGCCUUUUAAAACUAGGAUUCUGAGUCCUUAAUUUAAAAAACUAAAAUUCAAUAUUGUAUAAAAUCUGUCAUUUGGGGUUUAUCUUUUCUAAGAUAUUCAGGAUUAGAAAUAUAUGUUUGGGGUGUUAAUUUUGAAUUUUUAUCACAUACCUUUACCAUUUUUAUUAGCCAAAAUCUAAAACUGUAUAUACUUCACUUAUUUAACUUUAAAUUGAUUCUAUUUAUGUUCCUUAAACAUAAAGACAUGCUUUUAUGAAAAAAUACUUUGAUUUCCUAUUAUUUGAAAGGAUUAAAAAAUAAGUGAAGUUAUAUUACUAGCAUAGUUUCAUUACUAUUAACUUUGAUAAUAUCUGACUAUAUAACAUUUCUCUACGGAAUGGCUUUCCAAUUCAUGGACACUUAUUGUAAUGAAUGUUAAUUCAUUUCCCUAAUAUUAUUAUAUUUAAACUUCCGACUAGCUUUUGUCUUGUAUAAUAUUACUUGCGCCUUAUACAACUUUUGUAUAUUUAAUAUCUAGCUUUUGUAUAUAUUUCAUCUAGCAUUUGUAAAAUGGAAUUCAUAAUAAGUACUGUUAAAAAUAAAAUGCUUUAAUUCAUUUUAUAGAUCACUAACAUGUUUCAGACAUACACCAAAACUGUGUAUCAUGAUGUGACUGUUUUAGUAAGUAAAAUAAAACCGUAUGAGCCAUU